AUGGCUAAAGCUAAGCAGGAAUUAGGCGUUACUGUUAGAAGUUUUGUCACAGACAGUGCUGCAAAUGAACGAUUAAUGCGGAAUCAUCUUGAGAAAACUGAAGACGUGGAUAUAAUACAAUAUGGAUGUUCAACUCAUAUCUUAAAUCUUCUGGCUAAAGAUUUGGAGAUCCCUGCCGUUACCAAAUCGAUUAUCAAAGAAAUAAAAUACUUUCGCAACCAUCACAUUCCAGCAGCUCCAUACAAACAAGAAGGCGGUAAAAAGUUAGUCCUCCCUCUAGAAGUACGAUGGAACACGAUGAACGACGCUAUUCGCUCGUAUCUGGACAAUAGAGGAAUUUUAGUUCAAGUUAGCCAAGACCAUAAAGACAAAAUCGGUAGGGAGGUUAUAAAAAUUGUGAAUGACUGUCAGAUUACAAUGAAUGCUGUAGAUUUCCUUAAAACAUUGUCACCCAUUACAACAGCUCUCGACAGGAUGCAACGUAAUACUACCACAAUAGCUAUAGCUGUUGAAAUGUGGAAUAAACUCGAGGUUGACCUGUUGGGUAACAGUGCAUACCAAAGUGCCAAUACAAAGAAAGUAUUUUUGAGCCGCAGAGCAAUGGCGCUGCAAGGCUUACAUUACGCUGCGAAUAUGAUAGAUCAUAGGUUCCUUGGUCGAAACCUAAACAAUGAACAGAAAAAACAAGCGAAUGACUUCAUAACUGCUGGAGGAGUUGAUGAAAACUUCGCUCCUUUCAUAAUGGCACUAACAGCAAAAUCUCACCAUUUUCCGAAAUUCAUGUUUGGCGAAUCGUUCAAGAACACCUGCCCUAUGUUGUGGUGGACUUCCGUGACUCUAGAAGAUGAAGAGAGAUGGCCACAAAAAGAAAAGUUCAUAAAGUUUUGUGAACAGUUAUUAACCGCAACAGCUUCAACUGCACCAUUAGAGAGAUGUUUUUCAACAUUUGGGCUUGUGCAGUCAAAGCUAAGAAACCGACUGGGCAACGAAAAGGCUGCAAAGCUGGUUUUUCUUGUUUAA